AGGGAGUGCAUGCACUCACCGACAGGACGGUGUGUGGUUGGAGGUGCAUUUCUUUUUCUUCUUUUUUUAAUGGUUCGGGUAAAUUUUUAAAAAAUUAAAAUAAUUAGUCUUAAAACGUACUUCUGCUGCCUCCGGUGUGGAAGGCACUUUAAAGGGGCCUUUUACAGCGUGGAGCGGAGUUGUCAUUUGAGUGGGGCGCAGCAGUGCUUCGUCGCUUGGAGUGUUUUUGCCGUUUCAGGGGCUUAUGAACUGCGUUCUCCGGAGGGCAGACCCAGCUCCGCGGCCUGAUCCCGGCCCUAGCCCUUGGCAGAAGUUUGGUGCUUGUACCAGCUCCAGACUCCACAGCUGGAUCUGGUCAUAUGAACUUGCAAGGACUGCCAAGGGUGUUUUUUUUUUUAAGGGAUUUUGGUUUUGUUUUGCUUUUUGGUGUUUGUACGUGGAGAUUUUUUUUUUUUUAAUUAAGGAUUUCACCAGCGAAACAUCCACCAGCUCCUUUUCUCUACCAGGCCAUUUUCAGUUUCUUUACCUUCUUGGGAAUCCUUAAGAUAUGCCUCGAUCUGCCUUGUUUUUCUUAACCUGCUUCUUUUGUUGACCAGAAAAAAGAAAAAAAAAAAAACCCAAUGUUUGCACAACCAGUGACUUAUCAGUCAUAUGACAAUGAGCCCGUCCGAAUUGCUUCAAGUCAGAGUUUGGGAAGAAGAGUCUCUGUUUCCGGCAUUUUUUAGUGGAACUGCAAUUUUUGGCAUUGGACAUUUAAGAAAAGAUUUUUCCCCCUUCUAAUGCGUUAGGAUUACCUGAAGGGAGAGAGAUUCUGACACUUGUCCCAUUAUCUUUAAAGAUAGAAGGAAGGUUUGGGGUUUUCUCUGUGCUGCUAAGCAGUUUGCUUUUUGUCACAAAGUGAAUUAGCAGAUCAAAUAUAUAUUGUGGGUUUCAAAGCCUAGAAGGCUUUUAGGGGAGAUGAAAUGCAAAGUGUUACAACCUUCACAUGCCUGCUUAAUUGUUCCCAGCCCUUUCCUGCCUCCCUCUCCCCUCCAGGCUUUUCCUCCUAAAGAAGCUGCUUCCUAGGACGUGAUUGAAAUUGAUCUAAGUAGUUUCCUUGGGCAUUUGGGAUUUGGGCCACAAGCCAGGCUGAGCUCUUGGUCGCCUUCAGAGGCUUUUAAACUCUCCCUGAGAGCUUCCUUCUGGUCCCCAGUGCUCCUCAGCAUAAUGCAGAUUUUAAAUUAGCCAGAUUAUUAAAGUUUAACAAGAUCUCAAUAAACGUGCUUUCCUUUUUCUUUGGAACAUCCAUAGAAUAUCUUGCUGUCUCUCCGCAGAACACUCUAGUGUGCUUUGUAACCCAGGCGUCUAAUUUUAGGGGUAAUGAGAAAACAAUGAUUGUUUUUUCCCCCUCUGCUUGCUAGGUGAGGAGGGGGAGGGGGAAGGGUCUAUUCUGAUAGCAGGCACACUGCUAAAUAACCAAGCGGGAGCCCUUUGGGUGGGCUUUGCUAGUCCUGAAAAUGAUUUGCUAAAAAGAGCAGAGUUUGCUGUAGAAAUCUAAAGCUGUGGAAUUGCAGUAGUAUAGACAGCCUUAUAUGGACAUGCAGACAGUUGAUCCUAGUGAAGAUAAGGGCAGACAUAAUUUAAACCUAAAAUGUUUCCUACCGUUUUUAUUUUCCAGUGGCUAGAAAGUUUGAGAUGGUGGGGAGAGGGCAUGCUGGUCUCUCGGCAGUUGUAGCUUCUGGAAAGACCUGCCUGGAGUUGGAACGUUACCUCCAGAGCGAACCCUGCUAUGUGUCAGCCUCCGAAAUCAAAUUCGACAGCCAGGAAGAUCUGUGGACCAAAAUCAUCCUGGCUCGGGAGAAAAAGGAGGACUCGGACCUGAAGAUGUCCUCCAGUCCCCCUGAGGAUGCGCUCAACAGCCCCGGCUUUGGCUACAACCUGGAGACCAACAGCCUGAACUCGGACGUGAGCAGUGAAUCCUCCGACAGCUCCGAGGAGCUCUCGCCCACCACCAAGUUUACCUCUGACCCCAUCGGCGAAGUUUUAGUCAAUUCGGGGAACCUGAGCUCCUCCGUCACCUCCACGCCCCCUUCCUCCCCAGAACUGAGCAGGGAGCCGUCCCACCUGUGGGGUUGCAUGCCGGGUGAGCUGCACCCUCCCGGGAAGGCGCGCAGUGGGACUGCGGGGAAGCCCGGCGACAAGGGCAGCGGAGACGCCUCCCCAGACGGCCGCAGGAGGGUGCAUCGGUGCCACUUUAACGGCUGCAGAAAAGUUUACACCAAAAGCUCCCACUUGAAAGCACAUCAGCGCACCCACACAGGAGAAAAGCCUUACAGAUGCUCAUGGGAAGGUUGUGAGUGGCGUUUUGCAAGAAGCGAUGAGUUAACGAGACACUUCAGAAAGCACACUGGUGCCAAGCCUUUUAAAUGUUCUCACUGUGACAGGUGUUUCUCCAGGUCCGACCACCUGGCCCUGCACAUGAAGAGGCACCUCUGAAGGGGCAGAGCAUCGACUCCUGCGGGCUAAAAAGGCUUCCAGGCUGAGACGGCCGUGGAAGGAGGGUGCGUGUUCCAGCCAAAGCCAUUUUGCACCCUACCCGGUCGCCUCCAGGACCUACUGGGAAGGUCUUUCGAGGGCGAAAAAAGUCAUGUCCGAAGCGGCAGAGCACCCAGGGUGUGUGGUGUUUGGGUGGCCCUGGCCUCGCCACUGGUACCUAUCCUCUGAGUGGUCCCUAAGCCUUUGCCGUGAGCAUGUGCACUGAGAAUGUUAGUGGUGGGUGGGCUGUAUGUGGAGGGUCUCCUACGGACUGUGUGACGAGACAGAGUCCUUUCCCUUGCGAGGCUGCAAGAGACAGAAAAAAAACAUAGUUUGAAUGUUUUGUGUGUGAGGCGUGUUCCAUGAGAUGAGAUGACCACCAAUCAUUUCCCGGGGCGGGGUGGGGGUGGGGGGUGGUGUAGGUAGAGUCUGCGCCUUAGAGGAAAAAAAAGAAAAGAAAAAAAGAAGGGAAAAUGUGGAGGGCAGGCGUGGGCGGUCAGGACCCGGGAGUGGCGAGUGGGUGUAGUGAGGGGAGCCCCUUUCCCUCUAGUGUGUGGCGAGAACUUUUGGUGUCUGGUUCAACUGUGUGAAGUGAGUAGCUUCUGCUACUCUCUGAGACAGAGUUCAUUUGUUACCCAUUGUAUAAGCUGUGUAUCUACAAAUAUAAUACAUUGAUAACUUUUCCUUCUAAGACAAAAGUAAUGCAUGGUCUGGGGAAUUAUCUGCUUUUCCAUUUUUAAAUCAGGACUACAGUUUUGAUUCCAGUUCACUGAGCAGCUAAGAUACGAUUGGUUGAAUUCGGUGACCCCCUAGCCAUCUGGGCUUGGCAAUACACAAUCCUUCCCCCCUUCAAUUUCAUAACACUCCCCUUCCAGAGAGGCAUUGUGCAGCAUAGGACUAUUUUGUAAAUGGUUCGAAUUUGAAUUACCUUUUUGGAGAAUUUCGUGAUGCCCUUGAAAGAUGUUGGACACGAGUUGGGUGUCCAGGACACUAGGGCUGGGAAUUGCUGGUCUAAUGUCUCAUUAGACUCAGAACCUAAAAUUUUUCUCAGUUGGGUGGAUAAAACCACUAAAGCUUAGAAACUGUUUUCUCAUGCAGCUAAGUUUCUCUUAUUUAUGCCUUGAGGACUAAUUUCUGGUUUUCUAGCUGUUAAUGCACUGUAGAUCUUAACAAUGGUGCCUUACGCAAGUGGCCCCUUAUGUAGGGGUCUCGUACAGGGGUAUGGGUGAUGCAUGCUUUAUUAAGGCUCUUUUUUCACCUGGCUUUGUACUGUAUCAAUAUAUAAUACAGAAAAAAAAUCUCUUUAAGGUCCUCCUUCACAAAGUCAAAUAGAUGAAAACCCCCCAAACAAGUCAGUAUUUACUCAGUAGUUUAGACAACUUGACUGUCAGUGUUAAAGUGGAAAACAUGUGAUAAUUGGAAAAUCAGACCAUUUCUGCCACCGUGAGACUUCCGUAUAGACUUUGCACAACAGUUGUACAGAUCAUACACCGGCUGUGUUUAAUAUGUAACAUUUUCACACGUAUUAAAGAUACAGAAGUAUAAAAAACAAUGUAUUUGCUUAAAAGGCACAAGUUUCUCGCGUAUCUAUCUAGCUAUCUGUUGGUAACACAGAAAGUAUAUUACUUUUUUUUAAAAGUGGGCGAAAUUCUUGUGUAUGUAUAUUUGUGUGUACAGUAUGUGUAUGUGUGUAUGUGUGUGUAUAUAUAUAUAUAUAUAUACAUAUAUAUAGAUAAUAUAUACAUAUUUUUUUAAGGAGAAAUUAGAAUGUCUAGCUAGAAAAUUCCACAGCCUGUGAAGACAUAUUUCAAAAUGGCCACAAAGGAGGUAAACAUGAGAACUCUAACUUUUAUAAAGGCUUUCCCUUUAAUUUAACAAUUUGCCACAGGCUCUUGGCAUCAAAUCUCUUCCAGACUGCCAACUCGCUCAUCAUAAUCGGCAGGUCUGGGAUAGGGUACCUUCGCCAUUCAAAACUGGCAUGAACGGAAUACUAGCCCGGUCGUUGGUCUCAGACACACUAAGGUUUUGAUUUUGAAUGUCAGCUUUAUUGAAAAUCGAGCCUAAGAGUAAGCUAAUCACAGGGAUUCCUUUUUAGAGCACUUUUUAUGCAGAUGAAGCUAUUUUUUUCCAGCACAUAGAUUCUUCCAGUUUUCCAACGAGUAAUUUCCCUGAAUUGGCACACCGCAGCAUGGACAGCUGAUCCUCCAUCCAGCUGCUGGCUCAUGGGUGUGGAUCUUUCCUUUAUAUAUAUUUAUAUAUAUAUAUAUAUAUAUAUACACACAUAUGAGUCUGGCUGGGCUGGUAUUUUGUUUGGAUCUUCCUGGAGAUGAGCAAUGGUGAAAGCUCACAUAACUGGGUUUUUUUUUGUUUUUUGUUUUUUUUAAUGUGGGCUGAUGGAUACACUUACCUAAAGAACUCAUUUCAUAUUGCUGAGGGGGGAAAUGCACUUUUCUUUUGGCAAUUCCAAAUCCAGGCACUUGAUUUACUGGAUUUUGGAAAACUCCUUUUUUGGCCCUGCUGUGUGCUUAGCCAUAACAAUUCCAUUCAGCAAGAAGGUAAACAAAAGACAAAAAAACUUGCACUGGCUUGUCUCACUUAUGAAACACCAUGGAGUGGUUUGAUUGGGUGGGGCUGGGUGCCACGUAUGUCAAUGCCUGUAAUUUUCGUAAUAAGCAAGUACAUAAAGAAUUACAUUCUGUUCAGGUGAUAACUGAGCCUCAAUCAAGCAGAAACUUUUUGCUUGACGUUAAAAAAAAAAAUUUCUAUUAGUGAAAUUUCUUUUUUUUUUGAAGCACCCUGUUAUCUAAAAAAAUCUUUGUAAGAUUUUUGUAAAAUUUUGUUUUACAAGAUUUUAUUUGAAAUUGUUUUUUGCAAGAUUGUUAUAUUUCUGUAUGAAUGUAUUUUUUAUUGGAAUAACAUAAAAGAAUUCUUAUCAGCA